GUGGCGCCGCCGCCGGCCUGGCCUGGCCUGGCUCAGGGGAGGCGGCGGGCGGGCGGGCGCGAUGGCGGAGGCCGGGCCACAGGCGCCGCCGCCCCCGGGUACUCCAAGCCGACACGAGAAGAGUCUGGGACUUCUCACCACCAAGUUCGUGUCGCUUCUGCAGGAAGCCAAGGACGGCGUUCUUGACCUCAAGCUGGCAGCCGACACUCUAGCUGUGCGCCAGAAACGGCGGAUUUACGACAUCACUAACGUAUUGGAAGGUAUUGGUCUGAUCGAGAAAAAAUCCAAGAACAGCAUCCAGUGGAAGGGUGUCGGGCCAGGUUGCAAUACCCGGGAGAUUGCCGACAAGCUGAUAGAGCUCAAGGCAGAGAUCGAGGAGCUGCAGCAGCGGGAGCAAGAACUUGACCAGCAUAAGGUGUGGGUGCAGCAGAGCAUCCGGAAUGUCACAGAGGACGUCCAGAACAGCUGCUUGGCCUACGUGACUCAUGAAGACAUCUGCAGAUGCUUUGCUGGAGACACCCUCCUUGCCAUCCGGGCCCCAUCGGGCACCAGCCUAGAGGUGCCCAUCCCAGAGGGUCUGAAUGGUCAGAAGAAGUACCAGAUUCACUUAAAGAGCAUGAGUGGCCCCAUCGAGGUGCUGCUAGUGAACAAGGAGGCCUGGAGUUCACCACCUGUGGCUGUGCCUGUACCUCCCCCUGAUGAUCUGCUCCAGAGUCCACCUGCUGUUUCUACACCUCCACCUCUGCCCAAGCCUGCCUUAGCUCAGCCCCAAGAAACCUCUCGUCCAAGCAGUCCCCAGCUAACUACCCCUACUCCUGUCCUUGGCAGCACUGAAGCCUCAGAGGUAGCAGGCCAGACAGCUGAAGUUGCAGUGAGUGGUAGCCCUGGAACUGAAAACAAGGACAGUGGUGAACUCAGCUCAUUCCCACUGGGCCUGACAGCACUGGACACUCGACCUCUGCAGUCCUCUGCCCUACUGGACAGCAGCAGCAGCAGCAGCAGCAGUAGCAGUAGUAGCAGUUCAUCUGGAGCUAACCCUUCUACCUCCUUUGAGCCCAUCAAGGCAGACCCCACAGGUGUUUUGGAUCUCCCUAAAGAGCUGUCAGAAAUCUUCGACCCAACACGAGAGUGUAUGAGCUCUGAGCUGCUGGAAGAACUGAUGUCUUCAGAAGUGUUUGCCCCCCUCCUCCGACUUUCUCCACCUCCUGGAGACCACGAUUACAUCUACAACCUGGACGAGAGUGAAGGUGUCUGUGAUCUUUUUGAUGUUCCUGUUCUCAACCUCUGACUAACAGGACACGUCCUGUGCAGCUGCAACCCAGACUGUCUCCCACCCCCAGCUUGAGAGCCGACUCUGGACUUACUCAGCCUUCCCCAGUUGCUCAGUUCUGGCCAUGCUACCCUGUUUUGCACUGUAACUGUGCUAGCAGAGCAGGGAGAGAGCUUGGUCCUCUCUACACGGAGCCAGGUGUUUGCCUUUUAUUUUCCGGAGCCUUCCCCAGCCAGGCUCAGCUGCCACCCAGGGGCACAUCUGCCGUUUCUACCAGCCACUCUUCUGAGGAGGUUUGGAAAAGGAGGUGGAGCUGGGUGGUUGCCAGCUGUCACUCUUCCUUUCCUGCCUGCUCACUCUGUAGCCUCUAGACCUCUCAUGUGCCCCCUUUCUGCUAUGCCCUCAAUCCUAGGAAUUCUAGGAUAGCCAUGGUGGAGGGGGUUAAUUAGAAGGAAUUGAUAUGUCUAGUUAGGAAUAUGGGUGGGUUGGUACCUGCAGAGUGGCCCAACCUCUUGAUACCCCUUAAUCUCUUCACUUCCAUUUAUUCACUUACCCUCAUUUUAGAGCCAUUUGCAGAGAUUUAGAAAGAUUUACAAUAACGAAUGGAUUCCUAUAUAAAGAUUAUUUUUAUACUUUUUUCAGCAAAAGGAAAUUGUAAUAUUUGUACAGCAUUCAAGUGAAUAAAGACGUGCCUAAGGCUA